AUGGAAUGGGAAAGAGACAAAAAGGAAAAGAAAGGAGAGCCCACGAAAAACUAUGGAACCGCUGCCAACGCUGCCGAUGUUGCCUGGACGAAGACGCCGAAGUACCGACAGCAGAAAUCAGUUACCUAUUGUGUCCAUGGGAAACUGCCACAAUCCUGCUGCGAACUACCGGAUGACCUGAACAUUAGGAAAAUAGAAUCACAUUGUCAUCGGCCUCGGCAAGGUGGAAUUGAUAAAGUCGCCAGGAAGAAAUUAAUUCUGGCUAGCGUGCUGUGCGUUGUUUUCAUGAUAGCCGAGAUAAUAGGAGGCAUCUAUUCCAACAGUCUGGCAAUAGCAACGGACGCGGCGCAUCUAUUAGCCGACCUGGCUAGCUUCAUGAUUUCGCUGUUCGCGCUGUGGAUCGCCGCGAGACCGUCCACCAAGAGGUUAUCAUUCGGAUGGUACCGGGCCGAGGUGAUUGGUGCUUUAUCGUCAGUUCUAUUGAUUUGGGUCGUGACAGCGAUUUUGUUCUACAUGGCCAUCAUGAGAACCAUCGAGCGGAACUUCGAGCUGGAUGGAGGUGUGAUGCUGAUUACUUCCGGGCUGGGAAUCCUGGUGAAUGUGAUCAUGGGUGCAGCGCUGCACGGCCACGGUCACAGCCAUUCAUCAACGUCAUCCCUGAACGGGAGCCAACAGUCGGGCAGCCACAGCCACGGGGCGAACUCGGAGGAGAACAUCAACGUGCGGGCGGCCUUCAUCCACGUGCUGAGCGACUUCGUGCAGAGUCUCGGCGUGUUUAUAGCGGCUCUUGUCAUCUACUUCAAACCGGAGUGGAGCAUUAUCGAUCCGAUUUGUACGUUCCUGUUCUCGAUCCUGGUCCUGAUGACCACCAUCGCGAUUAUGAAGGAUGCCCUGCUGGUCCUGAUGGAGGGUACCCCCAAGUAUCUCGAUUACACCGAAGUGAUGCAAACUUUCCUCCAGAUCGAAGGUGUCGUACGUGUACAUAAUUUAAGAAUAUGGGCGCUCAGCAUCAACAAGAUUGCUUUGUCGGCUCACUUGGCUGUCGAGCCCAACACGGACACGGAAGCGGUGCUCCAGCAGGCAACACGUUCCGUUCAUGCAAAAUAUGAUUUUUUCGAAACCACACUGCAGAUCGAGGAGUUCCAGGCAGACAUGGAAGAUUGCAAUCAAUUCGAGCGUCAUGAAUCAGCGAAGGCCGAUUUUCGCUUCACUUGUGCGCUAGAAACAAAACUUCCGUGUGUCUGGAAGCGGGACGAGGAGGGAUCUGCACUGGUGAAUGAAGAAAAACUUCACCCGAGACCGGAGAUGUGUGGAAUUGAGUGUGUUGUGUUCGUGGUGGAGUGUGUAUAUGAGUGUAGGAGCGGAAAGGAACCUCAUCGCCUUGACUCCGGAUCUCAUUCUGCUAACCCCUACCGAGUUUGA